CUUUUAGAGUUACAUCCCUUUACAAAAAUCAUUUGAGGGGUCUCAAAAAUAUUAUGACUAGAGAAUUUUUUCCAUUUGAUAUUGUUUAGCAUAAGCAGACCAACGCACCAACAUGCCUAAGGACCAUCGGUUGCCAGAGAGACCAAAACCACCAUCGAUUGACCAAAUCAUGGCCGACAUUAAAGCUGCUGGUGACGAUGACGUGGUGUUCAGCGGCUCCAAAUUGAACAUCUCCAGAGACAGUACGCCAGUGACUUCUCUCUCCCUGGUGGAUACAGAGGACAUGGGACACGGUGACGAUUCAUCUGUGACUCGCACGGAGAGCCCCGACAUUGGAGCAAAGUAUUUACAGACACUGGAGCUCCUCAAUCUUGUUGACCUCCUUAAAAGCACUCCUGAGGAGCUGAAGAAACAGUAUGAGCAGCUGGAGGAGCUAGGAGCUGAGGUGUCCGAGGUGAUCAAUGAACUCAAAGAGUCAGCCAGCAGCACAGUGAAACAGAAGAAAACAAAGUCCUGAUACAAGAUUUCAGUGUUUGUUAUACACCUGUUGGAUGAAGAGAAUACAAGGUGCAGUGUGUAGUACUUACCACAUGAUGUCACACCGACAUGGUUAACACCAAGCGUUGUUCACCAUUCUCAGUGAAUUUCUAUUUUGGAGUCGGGCAAGAGACCUACCUCUGUCUUCUAAUGUCAUGUCCAUAUGAGGCAUAAUGAAUUUUAACUUGUACCAAGCUAACAUUAACUGUUAUGUGCAGUGAAAAUUACUCCCAUUCAGCAAAGACUGCAUGUGCACUAUUUGAUGACACUGAUUAAAAUUAAUCACACACACACACACAAAAUAUUGCUGUAUGUUUUCGAUACAAUGUGGGAUAUUUAUUCAUUAUCUGUGUUAAUUUUAUAAUAAGGAUCAUUAGAAUGAAUGUUUAAAGGGACAUUCCCGAGUUUGCUGCAUUGUAAGAUGUUUCCUACUAAUAAAAUAUUUCUACGAUUAAACUUACAUAUUAAAUAUAUU